AUGGCAAAGGGCAAUCGAGUGGCGGCGAGCAGCGAGCCAUCACCGCAGAACACUAACACCAUGCAUCAUGCCUUGAGACCAUUUAUGAUGAUCUCACAAGUGUUGGCCACGUUGCCGGUGAGUGGUGCGUGCCGCAAAUCGUAUGCGGAGCGCGUUCACUUCAGCUGGUGCACGCUCAUAUCAUGCCUUUCCCUCAUCAUGAUCGCCUUUUCACUCAUCGAUGUGGUGCUCUCGACGAAAGUGGUGAUGGAGUUCGGCCUGAAGCUGUACACAGUGGGUCCUUUCAGCUUCAGCAUCAUAUCGGCGGUGAGCGUCAGCAGCUUUUUGCAGCUCGCACGAAAAUGGCCAGAUCUGAUAAAGCAUAUGUAUCGCUGUGAACUUUCUGUGUUUCUACAGAAAUCCUAUGCCAAUGGAGAAUCCCGUAACUUCACUAAUAAUGUUCGUAAAUUUGGUGCUAUUUUACUUUUCGGUGCAGCAAUGGAGCACUCUGUGUACAUUGGAACUGCAAUUUUCAAUAAUGAUUUUCAAAUUAAGAAGUGCAAUUUAACGGUGGAUUUUUGGAAAAAUUAUUACAUGCGCGAACGUUUGCAGAUUUUUUCGAUAUUCAACUACCACGCAUGGUUGAUUCCAUUGGUGCAGUGGAUUACCAUAUCGACUACCUUUGCUUGGAACUAUGUAGAUAUAUUCUUAAGCAUGAUCUUCCGUUGCUUUGCGAUACGUUUCCGACAAAUGCAUUGGCGAAUUAAGCGACAUGCGAAAAAGCAAAUGCCUGAUGACUUCUGGCACGAGGUGCGUAACGAUUUCAUGAGCCUAGUAGAUUUGCUGCGUCUUUUCGACGAUGGAAUGUCAACCUUGAUACUUGUGUCUUGUUGCAAUAAUCUCUAUUUUAUAUGCGUGCAAAUAUUUCAUAGCUUCAACAACCGAGACAACUUUAUGAAAGAGUUUUAUUUUUGGUUUUCAUUGCUCUUCGUGUUGGUGCGCAUCUUAACAAUGAUGCUGUCAGCCGGUGCGGUGCAUGACGAGGCAAAGCAAAUAAUGUCGACUAUGUAUGAGAUCCCAACGAAGUUUUGGUGCCUUGAACUGAGACGUUUAAACGAAAUCAUCGUACACGACUUGGUUGCUUUUAGUGGCAAGAGUUUCUUCUUUCUGACGCGUCGCCUCAUAUUUGCGAUGGCUGGCACUAUUGUUGUGUACGAAUUGGUGCUAAUCGAUCAGGUGGAGGAUAAGGAUGUGGUAACAGACUUUUGCACAUCACGCAAUGUUUAAGCGUUUAGAAAGGCAGACAAGCGAGCCGACACUGUUAAAUAUGGAA